GAAGGAGACAAUUUUACAAAACAUUAAACAUGAAGUACUCGAGGGACCUGAUCGUCGCGUGCAUGCUGAUUGGUUUGGUUGUGCGCAGUCAGGCCGCACCAUCUUCUAGAAGAUCGCGAGCGGCCGCGCUGCCAGAAGCAACGAGCGGCCGCCAGAGCAAACUCACAGAAGAAUACAAAGAAGAUGGCACUACGGCAUCGCCUGCACCACCCACAAACAGGAGAAACAAAGCGUUGAAUCUCUUUGGUUACUUCCCAUCCUUUCUGGCAUCAGGUUUAGAUUAUAACGAAGACGAUGACGAUGACGUCACGUUUGCCGUGAACGACGACCAUUUCGAUGAUGACGAUUUGUCUAGAACCAUCCCUUCAAGACGCCGACAGCAGAAUAAGAAGAAGAACGGCAACGGGGACAGUUAUCAAAAUGAUAACUUAAAUACACUGCAAUACGACAACUCCCCCAUUUUCUACAUCAGACUGCCUCCGACUCCGUACAUGUUCGUACCCGGUCUCGGUUACGUUUCCCAGCCUCCUAACCUAGGCCCUCCUAUGGGACCACCGAUGCCUCAAAGUGUGCCUCAAGUGGAUCCGUUCAUAAACUUGCCUUUAGACUUCGUGUCAAACGGGAAACCUACAGGCGUAUACCAAUGGGGCAGUAAUGGUGGGUAUCCUCAAAUGCCCCAGGUACCACAAAUGCCUCCGAUGCCUCAAAUGGAUCCGUUCGGCUACGGUGGGCAGCCGAUGAUGCAGCCAAUGCAGAGGCCUAGCUACAAUAACUUGCCUUCCUACUCCAAGCCCAAGCCUAAACCGGCAGCUACUAAUUCUAAAGUCACUAAUCUUAAAGGUCAAUACGUUUUCAAUGGGAAACCUAACGACAGCGUUUACGUUUUGCGAGACACGUAUAAUUCCAUAUACUCUGAUGCGCUCCAGAACUUCUAUCCUUAAAGAGAAUCUGAUAUAGCUAGGAAGUGUUAAACUGGCUCGUAUCGAGCUGAACGUAUAUUUUCAAUCAAACUCGAUGAAAUGUGUGAAGUCAGUACGACUUUUGGUGAAUUUAAUUAAGAAAGCAAUGUCCAGUCAACGAAUUACAAAUCCGGUUUAAUGAAAAUCAUCAGAGUGUGGAUUUUAUUCUUGUAGAUGGUUGCUUCAUAAAUCAUGUUACUAAUAUGUUAAAUCAUUUGAAAAUUUAAAUCAGUGGUCCAUUUUAAGUAAUAAUUCUCUUAACCAUGACGACUGCCAAGAGUGCCGAGCCAAUGCAAAUAAAUAUCAGAAUUUUGUGUUUUACUUUAUGGUGAAAAAUAACCGAAGUGUCCCUUGGUUGGGAAAACGUUUAAAACACGUACAACGUAUCUACAGUCAAAGGUAAACAUAUCGAUGCGACCAAUUACAGAAAAAGUAUAUACCUACGAUCUUAAUAAUAUUAUGGCCAAUAAGGUCG